AUGGCUUCACCCAAAGAUGAGAAGACUGUCGAUGCAACAACGGCCGAUAUGGAGAUGGGUCCGGUGCAGGGUGACCAGGAGGAGACUAGACGCGACCUGCAGAGCAGGCAUAUCAACAUGAUAGCGCUUGCUGGGAUGAUUGGGACAGGUCUAUUUCUUACAUCGGGACAGGUCAUUGCGAUUGCCGGACCAGCAGGCGCAUUCCUUGCAUAUACCCUCAUGGGCUUUGUGACGGCCGGUGUGUCCUACACUACCGGUGAAAUCACCUCCUUCAGCCCGUGGACAGGCGCAUUCGUCCGCCACGCGACCAAAUUCGUCGAACCGGCCCUCGGCGCAGCGACGGGAUGGAACUUUUGGUACACAAUGUGCAUUGCCGGCCCAGCUGAUGUUGUCGCCGCGUCCAAUCUGGUGCAGUACUGGCGCACCGACAUCAACGUCGCCGUCUGGGUCUCUGUCUUUGGUUUCUUCAUCGCGGCGGUAAACCUGUGCAAUGUGCGCCUGUACGGAGAAUCCGAAGUCUUCUUUUCCUCGCUGAAGAUCAUGCUCAUCAUCGGCCUGAUCAUUGGAGGGAUCGUCAUCAAUUGUGGAGGUGGCCCAGAUGGAGAGUACCUCGGGUUCACAUAUUGGGAUAGCCCGGGGGCAUUCAAUGAGUACAUCGCGUCUGGAGCUACAGGACGGUUCCUUGCGUUCUGGAAGGUCCUCCUCACAUCGGCCUACAGCUUCGGAAACAUCCAGAUCGUGGCCAUUGCAGGGUCGGAAACGCGCAACCCGCGUGUGGUGAUUCCCAGUGCCACGAGGAAGACCUUUCUCCGGGUCUUUGUCUUUUACGUCCUGAGCAUCUUCAUCGUCGGGCUCAUCGUCCCCUCCAACGACCCCUCCCUAACAAUCUCAACCGGAACAGCCCAACAAUCCCCCUUCGUCAUCGCCUUCACACGCGCCGGAAUCUCCGUCCUCCCACACAUAAUCAACGCGGUAGUCUGCACAUCAGCCAUAAGCGCCGGAUCGGGCUGCAUCUUCAUCGCGUCGCGAACCCUCUACGGCCUCAGCCGCGAUGGGCACGCCCCGCGCUUCUUCCAGAAAUGCAACCGCUUCGGAACACCAUUUUACGCCGUCGGAUUAUCGUGCGCGUUCCUCCCGCUGAGCUACAUGACCCUGGGGAGCGCGGCGUCGGUGGUCUUUGGGUGGUUUGUGAAUAUCACCACCGUGGCCGGGUUGAUUGGGUGGGUGGUUAUUCAGGGGACGUAUCUGAGGUUCUACUAUGGGUUGAAGAGGCAGGGGUUUGAUCGGAGGGAUCUGCCGUAUCGGAACUUUCUCCAGCCGUAUGCAGCCUGGGCGACCCUGUUUAUGGUUGUCAUGAUUCUCAUCUUCUCUGGCUACGACGUCUUUACAAAGGGAAACUUUACAGCAUCCGGCUUUCUGACAUCGUAUCUGAACAUUGGGAUCUUUGCGGUUCUAUACAUUUUCUUCAAGUUCUACCUCAAGUCAAAGGUCGUCCCGCUCAAGGAGAUUGAUUUCCAAUCCGAGUUUGAUGCGAUUGAGCAGGAGAAGGCGUCGGGGGAGUAUGUGCCGGAGCCGGAGCUGGUUUGGUGGAAGAGAUGGAUGCACUUGUUUUAG